AUGUCACCCAAUUCACAAUUAGAGCAUGAAAAACGUGUACGACGAGAAAUAGCCAAUUCUAAUGAAAGACGUCGUAUGCAAUCAAUUAAUACCGGUUUUCAAAGUUUGAAGCAGCUGAUACCACAUUCAUGUGGAGAAAAACUUAGCAAGGCAUGCAUUUUACAGCGUGCAGCAGAUCAUAUUAAAACCCUGCAAACGGACAAAGACAGAUUACAAACACAAAAUGAACAGUUUCGUAUUUUAAUUAAAAGUUUUCAGAUUGAUUCAACAAGUGUUUUACAAGCUCAACGAAGACUAUCUACAACAGCCAGAAAAAUAAUCACGUGUAUUCUAUACCUAGACCCUGAUGAAGCUGUUUUGUUAUUAAAUGAAAAAGAUGACGAAGAAAUAUCAUCUGAUUUAAGUGCAAAACUAUCAAAUGAUGAACAAAUACGUAUAUUACAUGAUGUUAAGAAACAACAAGCGAUUAUCCAGAGUUGGCAUGCAUUUGAAAACGUUGCACAUUAUGUUACACAAAAAGACGACCGUCACAAUCGAGGUCUAUUUGUUGGUACCUCACCACGACAUAUUCUAUCCGAUACUCAACCAUAUUCAGCUGCUUACGACAAUCGUUCGACUUCAUCUCGCGCAGCAACAUCGUCGUUCAAUAAUAACUCUCAACAAAAUACUAAUACGCUCAAUACAAAUGUUAAUCAUGGAAAUGUUGUUCAACAUCAUUCUAUUGUUAAAUCUAUUCCUGAUCAUAAGCGGUCAUCACCAACGAAUACAUCUCCUAAUUCUGCAGUAUCGCGUUCAUCGCCUACAGCAAAUAGUAACACUCACAACAAUAAUACAACAACAAUCGCACCGUUGAGCACUGCCACUGAAACAUAUUUCAUAUUAAAACAACAUGGAGGACCUAAUAUACCUAUACAACGAUAUAAAACGAAUUCACUAGAUUCUAAUAGUAAGGUCGAAAACGAUAGUGGAAUUGUUAUCGUUGAGCGAUGUCAUCUAAGAACAAGUAGUAUGGAUUCAAAUAACCAACAAAAUUCAUCUGAUUUAACGUCUACAAUGGCAACAAUACCACACAAUAUGGAACAAACUGUUUCAAGAAGAAAUUUACAAACAAUUGUUGAAGCUAUACGACAUUUAGAAGGCGAUAAUGUCCUUGACUCACUAACAACAUCAACUGAACAAUCGUAUCAUCAUCAUGGAAAUGACCCAUCUACAUCGUCGAUUAACGUGAUAGCGACGCCACAACUAAGCGCGAAUACUAAUUCAACACACACAUCUCCUACAAUAACUCAACAACCACCAAAUCAAUAUGUUUAUCAUACACAGAGGCCGGUACAUGUAUAUCAGCAACAUUCAAAUUAUCCUUCGUCUAAAGACUCAUCAUCAACUAGUCUUGAAAUACCGGCUCGUAUACAACAACUAUUAAAUGAACAAUUUCAACAACAAACAACGGCAACCGGUUCAUCAUCUAGUUAUCAAAUGAAUCCAGUUAAUAUCAUCAAUUAUGAUCAAGAACAACAGCAAAAGCACCGCUCGGUUGUAACAAGUCCAAUAUAUACUGAUGGAAAAACGCAAGAACAGCAUAAUAGUUCAUUAUCACCUCAACAUUGCCCAGUUGUUACCGCCCCACCUAAAAAAAGAAAAUUUACAUAUACAGAAAUAGAUGAUAAUGAACAGGUGCAAUCACAACACCAUUCAACUAAUGAACAACAACAAUCACUAAUAACAAAUUUAGUUUUAUUAUCACCAAAUCAGACUCCAAUGACAAAUGAAUCUGGCGAACAGCUUGUAUUUAGACAUCAAUCACGAUUGCCACCGCCACUAUUAUUACCGCAUCCGCCUCGUCAACAACAAUAA